AUGUAUAAAUACGUGUUGAUUUUCAUAAUAAAACGAUCUGUUGCCUGGCCCUUGUCUUCUGUUGUUACAUUUGGUGUCGCUGCCUACCGACAAAUGGAAAGCCUAUGCCCUGCUGUUUUCGAUGGAGACAUAUGGAUCUUCGGGCAGGACUUCAAGGCUUCUGCGCAGUUGAGUGGCGUUCAAGAUCUGUCAGCGAUGGAGCUGCUACUUGAGACGCUGCUGGGAGGUCGGGCGAAAGCAGCAUAUGAAGGUGUGGGCCGAAGUAUGGACGAAUGUUCGACAGGGUCAGGCAAACAGUUUCCAAAGUGGGAAGGACCAUAUAUGGUCACUUCGAGAUGGGGUUACGCAGACACAGUCGCAAUGGCGAACAAGGAGAGGCGCGUGAACGUCAGCGAGCUCCAGAAAUGGAUACAGCGAGACAAGCCAACGAUGACGCCUGCACCAAGUAGAUCAAGCCGACUUCAGUCGCACGUAUUUGACGGGGGGACGAGUGUGGUGAGAGCAGGCUGCUAGCCGAUUGGUUGGCACUAAUCUACGUUAAGGUCUAGGUCACUAAUAUGGGCCGUGAGAAAAUAUGAACAAGCCUGAGUCAACAACCAAUCACAGCAAAGUUAACGUGGCAAAAUAUGAUUCGCAGAGAGAACUCUAUUUGUCAAGGAAUCCCGAAACAACCAAUCAGAAGCCUGCGUUUGUCUACCUAAACAACCAAUCAGAUGACUGCGCUUGUCUAUAAUAAUGUAGUUGAAAGAUGUAUAAAUACGUGUUGAUUUUCAUAAUAAAACGAUCUGUUGCCUGGCCCUUGUCUUCUGUUGUUACAUAAGUACCUUCUAGUUGACAUAAUACUGGAUCACCGUGUGUCAUAUCGAAUGAACUAAUCGAUUAUAGAGUUAUAUUCUACCUUCGUGUCCUAAUUC